UUUUUUUGUCAACCAUGAUCCAUGAGAAAGUUGCACUGUCUGAUUCUAAAUCCAAAAGAGGAAUAAAAAAAUCCAAAAAAGAUCACUAAAGUGAAAGACAGUGAAAGAAAGAGAAAGAGAAAGAAUCAAACCAACCUUCCACGGCGCUAAUGGUUUCCAAGAGGGUGGCAUAAAUAUACACGGAAGCUGUAGGUUUUUUGGGUAAUACCCUGAUUAAAAGACAAAACAAUAGGGAAGGAAAUGUCUUUGGGAGAUCCUAAUCAAGGCAUGAGCAAGAGUACUACUAAUUCAUGCUUGUCUCCGAGGACAAAAGGCCCUGCUCCAUUCUUAUCCAAGACUUAUGCUUUGUUAGAGGAAUGUGAAUACGAAGAAGAAGGUGCAGAAACAGCAGAUAAUAGCAAGAAAAUCGUUUCAUGGAAUGCUGAAGGAACCAGGUUCGUGGUGUGGUCGCCUGCCGAGUUCUCAGAGCUAACUUUGCCUAGAUACUUCAAGCACAACAAUCUUUCUAGCUUCAUUCGCCAACUUAAUACAUAUCAGGGGUUUAAGAAAACAUCAUCCAAAAGAUGGGAAUUCGAGAAUGAGAAGUUCCGGAGAGGUUGUAAGCAUAUGCUAGUGGAGAUAACAAGGAAGAAAACCGAGGCAAGUGCGUUUCCUGCUUUCUUGAAGGCUUCUCAUGAAGAUCAGAUAAAUACCAGUGUCGAGGAAAAUAGUAAUCGUCAAACACUGAUGGAAGAGAACGAGAAUCUAAGGAGAGAAAAGGUGGAAUUGCAGACGCAAAUAGCCCAAUUCAAAGCUCUAGAAAUCAAGUUGUUGGAUUGCCUUGCUCAACACAUGGGAAAUACUAAUCACAAAGAGAGGAGGUUGUGCUAGCUAGUUAGUUGGAUCUGGUUUCUCUUCUUCCUCUGCUUGAGAAAAAGAACAAAAAAGAAAAAUGUUUUUGUUUAACUCUGCUUUUGCAGGCUUUUUCCCGAAAAAAUAAUCGAUAAUGUUCAGGAAAUUUAGUCAUUUUUAUCUAUGAAAAUAUCCCAAAAUACAAGGCAUGGACGAGGUUUAAGCUUUAGGGCUUCAGUACCGAUAACGGACUUUCGAACUUUUAUCAUUUUACCAAGGCUCAAAGAUGCAAAUUCUGAUAUUACAGCAAAACUACUUAAU